AUGGGCCCCAUGGUCCGCUCAACGCCUACGUCCGGCAGCGAGAGCCGGACGGUAAGCUCGGCUCGCCAUGGGCGCGGAUACAGUGUCCCCCAUGUCAACAGUAUGGCUGGGCACGUUGUUGUCCUCCCGAGCAACGGGCUAGAUAACAGCUAUCAACGUAGCGUCCCAAUAGCCCCGAGCUCCUCCGGGCUAAACAACCUCUCCGUCCCCAUCAACCGGUCAGAUAAUGGCCACCCCGCCUCCGAUAUCAAUGUCAGCAGUGUCAUCGCCGUCACCCCCCGACGGCGCCCCUUGCCAUGUCCUCCCACCAUCAACAACACACUGCCGCGCACUGCCACCCAGCUCGUUGACGCCAAUGGUAGCCCUCUUCUCCCUCAAAUCACAACCGUACCUCACAGCGCCGUCGACAAUGCCCUUCAUCCCACAGUCGUUCGUCCUGCAUUCAUCGCCAACAGCUUAACGAGUGUCGCUCCUAUCGAAACGACCGGUAACGGUACAAUCCCCAACCGUUGGCGCGGAGGCGAAAUCGUCGGCAGGGCACACCCGCACCUGGUUUACCUUCAGCCAGGCGGCAGUGGCAGCGAGGCGGCCGCGUCCAAUGAGCCGGUCGCUGGGCCUAGCACUAGUUCCUCACGGACGCAGCCAGGCGGCAGUGACACCGAUGCGGCCCCGUCCAAGGAGCCGGUCGCUGGGCCUAGCGCUAGUUCCUCGCGGAAGCAGCCUACCGAACCGCGGCGGCACUGGAUGGACAGGGAGACGAACCCACCGAGCGCCCGGGACGACGGCAGCCGCGUUGUCCCGCCAAAGCCUCGCCUCAUCGCCAAGUACGGGACCCUCAUCCCCCAUCGUCCGAAAACUCGGAUGGAAGCGCUGAAUUUGAUCUUCGCGGCUGCGACCGACAUGCCUGAAGAAGAAGGCGUUGCGGUCGCUGCAAUGGUCAUGGAGGCGUUUGGGGCUAUUAAAGCGGAACAGCGCCUGUCUGUCGGGAGCAGGGCCAGCACGAGUAGCGGGGAUAGGCGGGAGAGUAGCGAACGCGAGAGCCUUGAGCUCAAGAACGAGAGGCAAGGCGAGAGAAAAGACGAAAGCGUAAGAGCUGAGGAACCCACUGCCGAUCCCUAUACCCUCCUUCUAGAGGAGUUUUCCCACCUCCUUCCAUCCGGCGCAUCUGGGUCAAGAGACGAGGUUCUUGAGGCACUUCUCGGUGCGGCGGUUGAGCUUCCCGACGGACAGCGUGAGCCGGCCGUCCAGGCUGUCAUGGAGGUAUACGAUGCCGUCACUCACAGCGCAUCUGCAGUCGGAGGGGCUAAUACUCAAGGCACGGCUGACCCUUACGACCUUCUCAUUCUGCAAUACGGCCACCUUAUCCCGGAAUCAAGCCGUGGCUAUCGGGUCGAGACUCUCGACGCGCUCCUCCUCGCCGCGACCGAGCUGAGCGACGGCGAGGGCGCGCUCGUAGCCCAGCUCGUCUUGGAGGCUCAUGACGCGGGCCCGAGGGGCACUCAGAGAGGAUCGAUUGAUCAACGCUCGAGCGUGGACACGCGGAGGUCUACUCGCAAUGGCUCGUUAGCGGAGGAUCCCUUCCAACGCCUAAUGGCCGAGUACGGCCAUCUCCUCCCCCACCGACCAGACACCCGCAUGGCCACCUUGGACCUCAUGUUUGUUGCAGCGAGCGCGCUGCCCGAAGCUGAGGGCGAGCUCGUCGCGGUUCUAAUCAGCGAGGCAUGGGAAGCGUUAAACGCAGCCCUGCCAGUGCUUGACCAGGACGCAGCGGAGGCCGUAGAGGUUGCCGCGGCCGCGGACGAGUCCCAAGAGGAAGCUGGGCGCGAGUCUGACGGUGAGGACGGGGACGACGAGGGCGAGGAUGACCCGCCCAGCCGCUGGAGCGAUGACUCGAGUGAGCGCGGCCCCUGUCUCUGCUGCGGGCCAUGCGGCUCGGUGUGCGAGUACGAGGCGGCGAUCGGUCCGCAACCCCUUCCCCGGGCGAUCAAGCGGCGGUCCUUCCGGCACCAAAGACGCGAAGGCGCUCCCAGUCCCCAGGCCCAACCUGAAGCCGGGCCGUCACGACCACAGCGCCGCACCGGUCUCCGAGCUGCCAGCCGUGAUUUGCGCUUCUGGGACCGGGGGAAAGGCAAGUUCAAGCCUGGCCCGAGUGGGAGUGAGGGAAUCGACAUGCUCUAUGCGUUAUUGGAGCGCGAAGCCAUCAAGGCGGAAGCGCUGGCAGACCCAAAGGGCAAAGGCAAAGCCCGAGAGGUGCCACGCGUGUCGUUUGCAGAUUCGCGACGGCGGCCGGAAGAAGUGGAAGAACAGCGUGAGGAGGACCUCCUGAAAUUAAGACGGACGAGCCUGAGUAGUGGGAGUUGGGACGAGGCCGAGCUCGCCGCGCGUGGGUUGACCGAGCUCGAGCUCGAGCCCGAGCCUGAAGUGCAUGAGCGGCGGCGAUGGUUUAAGCGCCGACAGUAG